AUGGCUGCUAUCGAAAUAUUUUCAAGCCCCAUUGAUUAUAAAUAUAAAACUAAAAUAUGUUCAUUAAGUUUUCUCAUUGUAUUAUUUCUCAUAAUUUUAUCAUUGGUUACACCGUUUUUAAUUAUUUAUAAUGCCGGAGGUUUCUUGUUGAAAAAUUGUAUACUCAUGGAGGAACCUGAUGUAUCAUUUAAUUAUAAAUAUUUAUUAUUAGCAAAUAGGGAUUACAAUAUCAAUCCUAUAGUUUGUUCGACUUUUAAAACAUAUAAGAAUAAUGAAAUUGAAGAUAACUGUAUAUUAGUAAAGGUUCGGGAAAUAGAUACAAAUAUCGAUGGUAAAAAAGAUAUUUUAAAGUUUGAGGUUCAUUUCUAUACGGAUAAACCUAUAAAGUCUCUUAAACUUUUACUUUUCUUUAAUUUUCAUCUAAAGCAAUUAUUUGAAGCAACAAUAGAAUCUAUUGCCAUUUUUACUCAUACAAUAAAUGAAGAGGUACAAAAAAUACAGUUUUAUGGAGAUUUGAUAUUACAGCAGAAGGGUCUCCUUACUAGCGAAGGUCUAUACGAGAUGUAUAAUCACAGUAUAGAACUGGCUGAUUAUUCCAUAGAUGAAUUACUUAGACAAAAUUUUGAUCGAAAAUCCAAAAUAAGUAAUAAGUAUGUAACGCAACAAGCAGGUUAUUUAAAUGAAAAUGUGGUAAUCAUCGAAGGAGAGUUAAUUUAUAGAGAGCAUUUAAUUUAUUAUCAGCCUAGUAUUCUAGAAGAAUUAAAAUGGAUAUGGAUUCAAUACUUAUCAUGUUUUCUCGUUUUUACCUAUAUAACAAAGCAUAUUCUAAUUUUCUUAUUUUCACAUCGAUAUUUGAAUUGUUAUAUUGUAUUACCAUGGAAAAAUAAAUAGAAUUUAUAUGAAAUAAUCGAAACUAUGUCCACAAGGGCGAAAGAAAAGGUGGUGGCUGCUUUUCGAAAGUUCUUUCGAUCUUCGGAGAAGAUUUCGGAGCAGGAUGGAGCAAGCAGUUCGACAAGUUCGCCUUCGAGGAGGCUUUUGAGUCGACAUCAUCGGCCAGAUGCUGUUACGCCGACUGAUGGUGCGUUGUCCGAUAAUCCGAGUGCUAGCAAUUCCAAUAAUGGCAGUUGUUUCUUCAAGUCGAAAAUGUCAAGCGGCAAUUCCACGCAGUGCGUGGCGAUGCCGGAUAAGAAAGUUCGUCUACGUCGUUUAAUGAAGGAGCUGAGCGAGAUUCAGAGGACGCAGCAUCGUCUCGAGUCGACCUUCACCGCGGAGCUGGUGAACGACAAUUUGUUCGAGUGGCACGUGAGACUGCACAAGAUCGAUCCGGAAAGUAAACUGGCUGCCGACAUGAGAGAGCUCAAUAUACCUUAUAUACUUCUUCACGUGGUCUUCCCGGAGAAUUUUCCGUUUGCGCCACCCUUCAUGCGUGUUAUUUCGCCACGAAUCGAGAAAGGAUUCGUAAUGGAAGGCGGUGCAAUUUGUAUGGAGCUUCUUACCCCUAGAGGAUGGGUCAGUGCGUAUACAAUCGAAGCUGUCAUAACGCAAUUUGCGGCCAGCAUGGUGAAAGGCCAGGUAAAAUUUCCAUUAAUUAUUUUUCAGGGUCGUAUAGCGAGAAAACCAAAGGCGAGCAAAGAAUUCAACAGACGUUCCGCCGAAGAAUCCUUCAGAAGGCUAGUAAAAACUCACGAGAAAUAUGGUUGGGUUACACCGCCGCUCGCACAGGGUUGAUCAUCCAGAUUGCUCGAACGAACGAAAGACCACCUUGUUAUUUAAGA